AUGGCAGCUCAAGUCACGCCGUCCAAACAGGCCGCUGCAAGCCUCGAGAACCUCAAGAUGAAGGACAGCCCUAUCAAACUCAACUUCAACGCUGAGAACAAAGAAAACAUGCCGACUGUCAUCGAUUCCGCCGCGAAGACCGUGUCGGAGAGUGAAAAGCCCAUCGCCACAGAAGUCAAAGCACCAGUUGCAGGAGCCAAGGUCGCGCCAACUAUCAAAGAGAUGGAGGCUGAUGAGCCACUCCUACAAGAGAACGAUCACCGCUUUGUGCUGUUCCCCAUCAAGUACCAUGAGAUUUGGAACAUGUACAAGAAGGCCGAGGCUAGCUUCUGGACUGCAGAGGAAGUCGACCUGUCCAAGGAUCUUCACGACUGGCACAACCGUCUCAAUGACGAUGAGCGCUACUUCAUCUCUCACGUCUUGGCUUUCUUCGCUGCCUCCGACGGCAUUGUCAAUGAGAAUCUGCUUGAGCGCUUCAGCGGCGAGGUUCAGAUCCCGGAAGCUCGCUGCUUCUAUGGGUUCCAAAUCAUGAUCGAGAACAUUCACUCCGAGAUGUAUUCUCUACUCAUUGACACAUACAUCAAAGACAACAAGACAAAGACAUAUCUGUUUGAUGCCAUCGACACCAUUCCUUGCAUCCGCAAGAAAGCCGACUGGGCCAUGAAAUGGAUCUCCGAUAAGGAGUCGACAUUCGCUCAACGACUUGUUGCCUUUGCCGCCGUUGAGGGUAUUUUCUUUUCUGGCUCAUUUGCUUCCAUCUUCUGGCUCAAGAGCAAGGGUCUCAUGCCUGGUUUGACUUUUUCGAAUGAGCUCAUCUCACGUGACGAGGGCAUGCACACAGACUUUGCUUGUCUUCUCAUGCAGCAUCUUAAGCACAAGCCUGACCCCAACCUUAUUGAAAAGGUCAUCGCUGAGGCCGUCGAAAUUGAAAAGGAGUUCUUGACUGACGCUCUACCUGUCGGUCUGCUUGGCAUGAACGCCAAGCUAAUGCAACAAUACAUCGAGUGUGUUGCCGACCGUCUGUUGGUGGCGCUCGGAAACAAGAAGAUCUAUCAUGCUCAACAGCCAUUCGGCUUCAUGGAGAACAUCUCCCUGGGGGGCAAGACCAACUUCUUCGAGAAACGCGUUGGCGACUACCAGAAGGCCGGUGUGGUCAACUCGACCAAGAAGCAGGACAAGGCAGGAACCCCAGGCGAAGAGGAAACAGAAGAUGACAGCAACGGCAUCAACUUCGACGAGGAGUUUUAG